AUGUCAUCAUUGCAAUUUUUUCAAUUGAACAAAGAUACUCUCUUCGAACAUAUUUUUGAAAGAUAUGUACGGUUAGAAGACAAUAUUAAUGACUUAAAACAGGAUUUAGGAAUUCAAAACAGGAAUCGUAAUCAAAUUGAGAUCAAUAUUGAACCAUCUGAUGAGCAGCAACAAUACAUUGCUUCUAUAAAAAAUAAUAAAAAUAAACAACAAACUAAAAAAAAUUUAAAAAGAGGAAGAAGAAGAAGAAGUGGGAAAAGAAAACAGGACCUAGAAAUAAAUCCAGAUACCCAAAAAGCAUUAGGUACUACAAACACGGCAUCAAUUUCAAUCGUUAAAAAUACUUUUAGCUUUAUAGUUGAUCAAUCGUUGACAAGCCUUAAUUCUUCAAGGGAUAAUAAUAAUUCCACUACAGGUUAUGUUUUAUGGUCUAUUACCCCAUUUUUUCUUAAAUGGCUAUUAUAUGAUCCAGCUGCGAAUGUAUUUAGAUCUGGGAUAAGUAAUUAUCCAUUAGAAAGAGAAUCUCUUGAAGAAGAAGAAAUAGAUACUCCACUAAAAAAGGAUAAUCCGUAUGUUCAAAUUUCUUCUAUUUUAAAUUUACAAUCUAUAUCUAAUAAAGAAAUCGCUAAAGACAGUAAAGAGGAUCAUAAAAAGUGUGUUAUAGAAUUAGGUUCGGGAAUAUCUGGUAUUUUACCAAUAGUGUUAGGUAAUUAUGUGGACUAUUACAUUGGGACAGAUCAACAGGGGAUAUUAAAUAAACUUAAAUAUAAUAUAAAAGAGAAUUGUUCACAAAUAAUAUUAAGAGAAAUAUAUUCAAAGAGUUUAAAUAUUGAGCCAUGUGGCGACGAUAGUUCUAUUGUAGAGAAAAAUGAUACAGAUACUGAAAGGAAAGCUCUGGAGAGACCAAAGCUUUUUUUAGAAAUUGAAUGCAUUGAUUGGGAAACAUUUAAAUUGGAUAAUGAAUCGAUAUCGAGUUUGUAUCCUUCGUUAGAUACAAUGAAGCAGCUAGAAAGUAAAACUGUGUAUAUAGUAGCUAUGGAUGUUAUUUACAAUGAUUUUCUUAUCAAACCAUUCCUUAAUACAAUACAACAAUUGAGAGCCUAUUAUCUAGAAGACGAUAACAAUGGAUCUGUCACUGUUGUAAUUCUGAUUGGUGUUCAUUUAAGGUCACAAGAGGUUGUUACUACAUUUUUAGAGCAAGCGAUUGAACAGGAUACAUGGUCGGUUUAUUCAAUAGACACUUUAGAGUGGAAAAAAUCUCGUUUCAAUCUUUACAUGAUAAAAUAG